AUGGAGGCGGAGAAGAGAAAGCGAGAAGAUGAUGCCAAAAGUAUAGAAGGGGAGAAAUCGAAAGAAAAGGGAGUAGUUAAUGGAGGAGAGGCCGUGGCCGAGGAGGAAGUGGAGGAGUUCUUCGCCAUACUGAGGAGGAUACACGUGGCAGUCAAGUAUUUCGAGAAGAAUGACGGCGGUAAGAGAUGGAAACCGUCGUUUGAGAUAGAGGAUUUCGAAGAGGUUAACGGCGAAGUGGAAGGAGAGAAGAAGGAAGAGGAUUCUUUGGACGAGAAUACGGGUUUUGAUCUGAACUCGGAUCCUCCAUCGGAAGAUAACGCUGUGUAA